CCGAGCAAAGCCUGAGAACGUGAGGUCCAGCCUGCAGUGCAGUGGCAGUGGCAGCGAAGUGCAACGGUGGAGCGGGCUUGGUAUUGCGUCUCGUCUCCCGGUCGAAAAAACGGCGGAACGGUGGCGGCCCAUUGGCCAGCGAUGUCAUACUAUCCUCAGCCCGCUCCAGUUCCCAAUCCCGCAAAACACAAACUGCACGACCGCCUGGCACUGCACAAUGCAGCCUGCGAUCGCAUCUCGAUCGUGAUCGUUCAUGUGGUUGUAUCUGCCCGUGGCCUCCUCUAUCGAAUUAACGCCUCUCCAUGUUCCUUCCCCCUCCGUUGGAUUGACAACACUACCAGGUCCAUCCGGACGUCUCGCCCGACCUUGAGAUUUCGCUCACUCAAGCGUUAGAUUGUCAUCUACCGAGCCCGCCUCAAUUGACGACCUCUUCUUCUUACAUCCCACUUCCUCCUCCCGACACCCCUCCCAUCAUCGACAUAGACAUACACGAACCUUCAAAUUCUCGACCUCGCUGCUCCGCUUCGAGACCAAAUACCUGCCGACGACUGUUUCAUCUGUUGGCAGUGUUAGGUCGACACUGCAUCACUUCCACCAGCUUGAAAUCUUUUCAGUCAGAACAAGGAUCAUUCUACACCGACAUCUGAGGAACUCUUUACGCUCGAUUUGACCAUGGCAUCUCAGGGCUUCUCGCGAAAACGCCCUGCUCCAGGCGCCGACCCCGUGCCGUUUGCAUCUCCUAUCCCCGCCACUCUUCCGGGCUUCAAUGACGGACUAGGCCCCAAUCUCUCUAACGAUGAGUUCUUCCAAUGGGGCCAGACUGGUCAAACAGGAGUCCCUUACAAUGAUCCUGGAUAUGCCAUCAAUGGGACCAUUUUUCCUCAACCUGUGUCUCAACCAGUCCCGCAGGUUCAACCUCCACAACAGCAGCCACAGCCACAGCCGCAAAUGCAACCGUCGAAUCAACUCACUCGCAGGCCCAUAAACCAGCUUGCCGCCCGAGGCAGGCUGAGCGAAGAUAGUACUACCUGGGGUGAAACUUUGAACGGAAUACCACAUACCACCGAGGCAGACUGGCCGGACGAUGAUAUCGCGGAAUUGGAGGCUAGAGCACAGAUUGCGAAACGCGAAGCACAAGCAAAGAGGAAGCAGAUACCACCUUUUGUCCAGAAAUUGAAUAGUUUUCUCGAGGACGGAAAGAACACUGACCUUAUCCGUUGGUCGGACGAUGGCAAUUCCUUCAUUGUCCUAGACGAAGAUGAGUUUGCCAAAACGCUCAUUCCCGAACUCUUCAAACACAACAACUAUGCCUCCUUUGUUCGCCAACUCAACAUGUAUGGGUUUCAUAAAAAGGUCGGCCUUUCGGAUAACUCGAUGAGAGCAAGCGAGAGAAAGAACAAAAGCCCGAGCGAAUACUCUAAUCCGUACUUCCGCCGUGGCCAUCCGGAUCUGUUGUGGUUGAUUCAAAAGCCCAAGAAUGUCAGUGGACCGGCGUCCAAGCGCAAGGGCAAGACCGAGAACGAUCAGACGGAGGAAGAUGCCGAAGAAUACACCGACGAUGUAGGCCACAAUGGAGAAAACCGUGUUCGUGCCCGGCCCGGCCAACUCGCCCUGAGGGCUCCCGAAUCCGCCCUUACACAAGAACAGUUCAAGAACGUUCAACGUGAGCUUGCCACUAUUCGACACCAGCAAGCUCAGAUUUCCCGUAUGAUGCAAGCCCUCAAGCGCGAACACGAACAACUGUACGGGCAAGCCGCCACGUUCCAAGAACAACAUAACCGUCAUGAAAACUCGAUUAAUGCGAUCUUGACCUUCCUUGCCACGGUCUACAACCGUGGUCUACAAGGCCACGACGGCAUUCAAGGCAUUGCGAAUCUGUUCACUAAUGCCAUCCCUGUCGAUGGCACAAACCAAGGCAACAUCGUUGACGUGGGAGACUAUUCUUUCAAUGGUCUCAACAUCGACGGCGAUCUGCAAAAACCCUUCAAAAAGCAACCUUUACUGCUCACCAAUGGUGGUGGACGACAAGGGCGGGCAAGUACAUUGUCCCCGCGUUCGUCCAAUACGCCAUUUCCCCCACAGGCACAAAACAUGGGUAAUACUCCGCAGUCGACGCUUUCUCCGAGCGUGGAAGAAAUCUUUGAUACGGGCGUCACGAAACCGAACCCCUCAGGUGCCACGAACGCCUCGACACAGGGUCGCGACAUGCCGCAGCGCGAGAUGAUGUCUUUGAUUCAAAACGCCAAUGCCCGCAGCGGCGCCAACAGUGCCUCCGGCGGUCCAACAUCACCGGCUCAGGAAUUCUCGAACGUCCUCAAUAGCCUCGAGUCAUCCACUGGAUCAGGGCCUCUUACCACGUCACAGCGUGCUGACGUGCUGAAGAUGAUCAACAAUUCGACGAAUCAACCACCGGGGAAAGACAAUGCUUUGAUCAACUCAACCCCUCCUUCUGGUCCUGCCAACUUCCAUCGCCGUCUAGAAAGCACGCAAGCCGAGCUUGAUCAACUUGCAAAACUUCAGGCCGAGCAAGACAAAAACGUACAGGCUCUGACCAAUCUUUUGCAGCCACUAAGUCCUACCGGUUCCAUCCCAGGCAUUGGAGAUGGGCAGUCUCUUCCCCCGCCUCCGCUGGACAUUGACGACUUCCUUAGCAACAAUGAUUACUUUGCUGACUUCCCGAGCGAUGCCAAUGGCAAUUACGAAUUUGGAAGCACGGGGCUUGGCUCUGGCAACGCCACCGGAACCGGCGACGACCUCAACUUUGUUGACUACAAGGAUGACGAUGAGCUCUUUGGCAAUCUGAACCAAAAGAAUGCCGGAGCUGGCGGUAACAAGUACGAUUUCAACGUUGACGGCGCUUCGGCAAUCAAUGGCGUGCGUGAUCAGUACGGCAACUUCAAGUACGAGACUGCAAGUGACUUUGAGCGCGAUGGUGGUGGUCGCGUCGAAAGUGUUCCAAGCAGCGAAAUGACGACGCCCAAAUCUGCCGAAGACGCCAAGGUAGAUGGGCCAACUACGCGCAGCAAGGGAAGAAAGCUGAGCUCGGUCGAAGACGAAGACGAAGCUGACAACGGCCGGAAGAGGCAACGUGCUUGAUUCUGAUUGCUUUUGCCCCUACUUGUCAAUAGCUUUGUUCGGAGUCACAAGCAAACUGCUUGCUUUUCUUAUUCGAUGUCUCAUAAUUGAUGUCUUUCCGAGGAAGGAGGUGUGUUCUGUUACGACAAAAGUGAGGGGAGCGUAGGACUCAGAAAAGCUUGUCGUUUACUAAGACGGCGGGCAUUCGUUCUUGCCAUAGCAGUGGAGAGCCAAAAGAGGCAUUAGGGGUUAGGCAAGAAGGGGUUUGGAUGUUCAAACUCUGCCUCUUGCAUACCUAGUUUACUGACGAAACGAGAUGAUGAAAGGAUUUUUCGGACGCAUCGGGCGCGUUCAUAGAUACCCCGGAGGCUGAAAGGGUCGGAACCUGGACAUAUGCGAAUUGACUGUACACAUCUUGACCGGGUCCUUUUGUAGAAUAAUUCAUUUCUUGCCUUGAAUCA